UGGAAUGGUGCUCUUUCUUCUUUGUUCUUUUCGUAGUUUCGUCUGCUGCGUGAUUAGAUUUCCAUUCCAGUCUGCACGUGCUGCACGAGAAGAGGUGGUCGUCUAAAAAAUGGAGGGAAUGUAAGAGAUCAAGACGGAAAGCUUCUUUUGGCAUGGAUUUGAUGCUGCCUGUCCGUCAUCGUGCACGUAUUCCUCCCUCGCCCUGGAAUAAAAGGAAGAAAUGACAACAAAUGGAUAAACAUAAAGAGGACGAAAACCAUCCCGGUCUGUCUCAUCUCAGACAACAACUUUGUGAAAGAAAAAGGAAUGCACACAGGAGGUAUAGGUGUGAAAUGGUGAUGAUCCCUGCCGGCCGUGAGAGAGAGAAAGGGAGCAGCGACAUGCGCGCACAAGCGCCUUGUCCGUCGACCAUGCUAGGCACUACCCAGCAAACGAGGGUGCAACGGGAUCCCGAAUGCAGUCGCCAGUCUUCUGGUCCCCUCCAGUCCCGCACCAACUCGAGUUGCGUUCGAUACAAAAGGUGCAGCAGCAACCACCAACCGUCUCCUCACGGAAAAACCGGGAAACACGUUUGAAUUUUUCAACGUCAACUUAUUGCUCGCCCAACCGAAACUUGUGCGGCCGGAUUUCUCCAGGCUAACUGGACGAGUGCGUAACGAGAGGAAAACCUAGGGCGAGGAAGAAAAGUAAAGGGCCGGAUGGGCUCACGUUCGCUGUCGCCAAUCUAAUUAUUCAACUUGGUGUUUUUCGCUUAAAAUCCAAUCAAAAGCAAGAAGUAAAUCAUCAGAAAACAUGGCCGAGGGAUUCAUCUGCUCGCGAUUCAGGCGGCCGACUGAGCCGUGCCCUGUUGCCCAACAACAUCAACAAUCGUCACCGCGUAAGGAUCCGCAACAGAAGCGGGAGCCGUCGUUAGAUUGCGACCCGCUUCACCAGCCACCUCAUCCAGUUGGCAAUGAAAAGAGGACCCUUAACAUUCGGCUCCUUAGCGAAGCCAUCAGUUCCCUCGUCCUCUUGCCGGAAAGUUGCCUAAGACUUGCGGUCCUUCAAUGGCAUCGUCUGAACCCUCAUCAUGACGACGGCAGCGCUACAGGAGCUACUGGACAAAGUCACAUCAACGACGCCGGAUUGGCCGCCGAAAUGACGGACAAGUCGAUCGCCGAGCCCGAUUCCCUUUUCCUGUACAGCUGCUGGAAUGCCACCAACCACUUACCAGAAUUCCAACGAAGGCAAUUCCUGGAGCGAAUGGGCGAGGCCUUCCUGUUGGCAGUUUUGGACGAAUACUGUGGUGCUUUGCAGUCCCUGGGCAGCGACCUGUUUGGCUUCCUCCAGAAUUUGGGCAGCGUCUACCAGGAGAUGAAGACGACCGGCGGCAACGAAGAGACCAACAAUAUCGUCAUCUCCAAUCAUUACGACAUUUCCUUCAGUUGCGUCCCGGAACAAGGACGCUUGACGCUGCAUUUCCGCACGGCACUGGCUGCUUGCGGCUACCUAUGGGCUGGUGUUCUCAAAGGCAUCGCGACGCAUCUCUUCCACGUUGGCGUCACCAUUCGCGUCACCAUCUACGAGCUCAAGUCCAAAUCGGCACUUCGCUACCACUUUUGUUUCUCGAUGCCCAUCGUCGACGAAGCUGAGGCGUCGCUGGCCAGGACGACGACAGCCAUGGCCGAAGAAGAAGAGCAAGUUCUGAUGGCCAAGACGCGGUCAUUGAUCUGCUUCGACGAUCCCACUGGCACCGCCAGCUCGGUGAUGGAUGACGCCCCGGCCCGCCCAAUCAGACCUCCUCAGCUGUCGGAGAUCAAGCAACGGGACUCGUUGAAUCUCCGCUCGUUCGAGUCAACGACCACGUCCAUGUCCGUGUCGGCGUCGACUUGCCUCAGCCAAAAUUACAUUGGCACGUCUACAUUCUGCCGGGCUUUUCCCUGGCACUUCAUGGUGGAUCGCAACAUGCAGCUGGUCCAGCUGGGCGUCGGCUUCAUGCGCCUCUUUGGCUCCGAGUUGAAGAAGAUGGGUCGCCACUUGGCCACCUAUUUCCAGAUGAAGAAACCCACGGUGGAGCCCAACUUUGAUAAGAUUCUGAAAAAGGCCAACAGCCCUUUCAUUCUGGCCGUUUGUCACGUGACCAAGGACAGCCGCAAGACGAAACUCGAGGGUCUCGAGUUCAAAGGACAAAUGCUCUACUGCCACGAGUCGGACUGUUUGCUAUUCCUGGCAUCACCGCUGGUGGACGGCCUCGAGGCUUUGACGAGUCGAGGCCUCUUCAUCUCAGACAUCCCCAUUCACGACGCCACGAGAGAUAUCGUCCUCGUAGGAGAGCAGGCCCGUGCUCAGGAUGGAUUGAAACGUCGAUUGGACAAGUUGAAGAAGAACAUCGAAGAGGCCACUGCAGCCGUGGAACAGGAACGAGAGAAGAACGUCUCUCUGCUGCAUCUAAUCUUCCCGCCAGACAUUGCCAAGAGACUUUGGUUGGGCGAAUCGAUCGAGGCGCAAAGCCACGACAAUGUGACGAUGCUCUUCAGCGACUUGGUUGGUUUCACGGCCAUUUGCUCCACUGCAACGCCCAUGGAAAUCAUCAGUCUCCUUCAAUCGCUUUACACUCAAUUUGACGUCCUCUGCGGUGAUCUCGAUAUUUACAAGGUGGAAACCAUCGGUGACGCUUAUUGCGCCGCUGGCGGCCUUCACCGCGCCAGCUCCACUCACGCACAACAAAUUGCUUGGAUGGCGCUUUGCAUGCUGGAAGUUUGCCGUUACCAUCAGACUCACGACGGUCAGCCCAUUCAGAUGCGCAUCGGGCUGCACACGGGAACAGUUUUGGCCGGCGUCGUUGGUCGGAAAAUGCCGAGAUAUUGCCUGUUUGGUAACAAUGUGACUCUGGCCAACAAGUUUGAAUCGACUAGCAUCCCUUUUCGUACCAACAUCAGUCCGUCCACAUACGAGCUGAUCAAAGCGACGCCCACCUUUGACACGGAAGAGAGACCGCGUGAUUGUCUCCCGAAAAACUUUCCGUCCGACAUCCCGGGUACUUGUCACUUUCUCAACGGCUACCACUGCCCGGAUUAUAAGCCGGAAUUGGACGUUGCUGGAGGAGAAUCACUCUUGCGCCGUAACAUUCGUUUCGCCGUUAAACGAUUGAAAAUUGGAUGCCCCAAUGCGAUGUGAACUCAUUCCUCCUAUUAAUCGCCGUUUACUAUUGCUAAAACCCUUCUUAACUGUCCUUUCUUCUUCUUCAUUUAUUGUCGUACUGGGCGGCGGCUCUGUGUGUGCGUUUCAUCAUUCGGUGGCUUCUUUCGAUGACUCUUUACGUGAAUGGAUGGGGAAAUGCUUGCCGAAAUGAACACUUUGUCUAUAUAGUCAUUAGUUUGUUACACGCGAACACACGUCGCUUGAUGAACGAUGUAUUGCGGGGAGGUUUGGCGGAAAUUGAGUGGGGAAGUUGCCGGGCGGACCGAGCUCCACCAAAAGUGGACGUUUUUGGUCAAGAUGGCACUCGACGUAAUAAUUAAAGCGUGUCCUGUAUCUCACGUGUAUCGAUCGGUAGUCCCUUACUUGCUUCAUGAUCUCUUAUGUCUUGCGUGUCGACGGAUUGAGGCGAGAUGAAUAAGUUUUGCGUCUCUAACGGACGGCAGUGGUCACCUCAACUCAGUUGCAAUUUCCAGUUUCCUGUCCGUUUUCUGUCCUGCUGAAGUGUCCAUCCAUUUCCCUUUUUUGCUUUGCAUGGGUAAGCGAUGGGCACCAUUUCACUCUGUAACCAACACCUCCGUUGCUCCGCUUGUGAUUCGGUGCGUCCAAUCCAUCAAAGCAUAGAGUGUAGCGAGAGUCACACGUGCGGAGUGGCUACUGUUGAUAUUGGGUAGAUGUUUAUGUUGGUAGGCUCCGGUUCGUAUGUUACAUCCCCUAUUGUACAGAUGUGAAUGUGUGUCUGCGUGAGAGCGACAAAUGGAAUAAACAUGUUUUUGGCCGUCUCAA